CCGGGUACCGGGUGGCUUUCUCAGUUGGACGGUGUCCUCCGUCUUCUUCUUCUUUCCCUCUCGCGCCUUCCACCCGCGUGCCCUAGACAUCCUCGUUGGUGACGGUUUCUCCGGCAGUCGUCCCCCACCUCCGGUGUCGUCUACUGUGUUCCGUUAUCUAGAUGUGGUGCUUUUCGCCAUAAGCAAUUAGGACGCAUCUGAUGAAUGUGCGUAGUUUCAGCAUUCGGUCAUAAUUAAAACAACAACCAUGCAAGACCCACGUCAGUUUGCACCUGCGGAAGUACGUGGUGUGAAAGUGCAGAAAAAGAAAACAUUUCGGUUAAACCCCAGUACUCAGCACAGAGGACAAAUGCAGCCUCAACUAGAGCUGCCAGAUCCACCAUCAAAGGCAACAAAGGUUUCAAAGAACUUGAAGAACGAGUUCCCUGCAAAAUUGCAGCAAGCAGAUGGGUUGGAAUUGGACUUAUUACAGGAUUCGUUCCAGACUGAAGCAGAAUACCGUGCAUUGAGGAAGAAGUAUUUGUUGUUGGAGGAUGAGUACAGCUCACUAGGAGAAGAGCUGAGUGAGAUCGAGGCUGAGAAUAAAGCCCUGGAGGAUCAGAAGUUUUCACUCCUUGAUCAGCUGGUGGUCUUGGAAGGCCUUAUGGAUCCUUCAGAACUUCGGUCACGCACGUGAUGUCUACUUGGGUGUUCUUGCAACUUGUUUCUUAAUCAAUGAAGAGAACUUUGAUCGUGACUGAGAUCAUAAUCUUGUAAAUGAGUAUUUUGCAAUAGCAGUUGCAGGGAAUUGUGUUAGUUUUCUUAUAUUUUAUCCACCGAGCUUCUUUUUGUGAAUUCUCUCAGAUCUGUAAUGGUUUAUUGUUUGUAUUUGUUUGCGACAGCUGGUAAAAAAUAAUGAUACUUGAACCCCUGCUGUUGUUCAUCUGGACCAUACCAAUAUCAAUAAAUUCGUACUCCAAUCUAUCUA